AUGGCAGCAACUGAAACACAAGAAUCCGCUAGUGGCAGUGGCAGUGUUAGCUAUUUAGGGUCGCCCCAUGAUCAUGCAAGCGGGGUUUUGACCCCGGAAACGGACCAGCCGGUUCUGGAUCUUGUUUCCCCUGUUGUCACAUCUAGCAACAACAUGAACUCAAAAGUCAACAAGAGGCUACAAGAACUGCCAGAAAACUUGAGAUACCAAGGCCUCACGCCAAGUGGCAAGCCACGGCUUUUUGUAUGCAAAGUCUGUACAAGAGCUUUUGCAAGACAAGAACAUUUGGUGCGCCACGAGCGUUCACAUACCAAGGAGAAACCGUAUCAUUGUGGAGUGUGUGAGCGAAAAUUUACCCGCCGAGACCUUCUGAUACGACAUGUGCAUAGAGCUCACAACGGCAGUGGAGGAGAUGCAUUGAACUCUUACCGUCGGAAACGUGAUAGUGUGCCACUCAUUGAAAAGUCGCUGAGCGCUGGAGCAAAGGACCACAACUCAGUUGUUAAAGGGGAAGAAAGUGGUAUUUUGAAUAAACAUGGAAGCGCAGAUGUGGGCAAGGUGUCUAAGACACCGUUUACAGUACGAAGAAGGGUUUCUUUUUCUGCACAAUCGGCUGAAAAAUAUGCUGGACUUUCGAAGGUAGGACAAAUCGGUGCCGAUAUGGGUAGAGUAGAAUUUUCGACGCCACAGCUCUUGCCAUUAGAUUUAACUUUGGGAGAAGAGAAUCCUGCAGGACCUCAAAACCCAACAAGCUCGGGCUAUUCUAAUUUCAAUCUCCUGGAUCGGGACACGUGGAUAAAAGAGAUGAAUUCGCUGCCGAUGCUAGAGGAGUCUAGCGACUCCGGGGAUUCUCCCAUAACUGGUUGUGGAAUUGUUAGUCGAAGCAGUAAUUGGAGUCGGCGAAGCAGUCGUGGUAGCCCUCGAAGUGGAAAAGCUUGUGCACCGUCAACCGGUAUCGCUAAGUUUUUAGGGACAGGGCAUGCCGGUACAAAACGGAAUUCCUCAUCGUGGAGAAUCGAGGGAAAUAACCUCGUCGUAAAUUCCCUCUUUGACACCAAUUCAGCUCGUCCAAAGCUGGAAGAAGCUGAUUCAAACUCAAAGCUAGGUGAACGUCUGCCUUUCCUCUUCCGCAGAAAUCAUUGGCAAGCUCCAAUACCCCCCAAUAAAGAUGCUUCGCCCGAUAUCAUUUCACGUUUCAAUGAAUUUAAGUUCGCCAACAAGCAGGAGACCGAUGAUCCUUGCUACAGCGCAUCAUCAGCGCCAUUUUCGCUGGCCGAAAAUGCAGCUAUUGGCCGCCUGGAUGCGGUCUCAGUUUUUCAGACAUCUCAAUACCCUCAUUCGCCAAUUAGAGUCGAAGAUUCGGGCAAGUUCGAUCUCUCAAACGCUGUCGAUUCAUCUAACAGUACUUCAAAUGAUGAGCACAAUUUCAUGGCACUAGCGCCAUCAGGAACUUCGCCUGAGGGUGCCAUUGAAAACACAACUACGACCUGUCAAUUCUUCACAAAUGACGUUCGCAACAUGUGCAUAAAGACUCUGGAGUACUACUACGAUCAUGCGUCAGAAACGCAUUCUGCGGAGGUAAGAAGACAGGGAUCGCAACUUCCUAGUUGUCAAGACUUGAAUCUUUACGCAAGCUAUUUCGAAUCCUCCUUCCUUGUUCACUAUCCUUUCAUUCAUCCUAGGUUACUGACCUUGGGACUGGACGACUUCAAAGAUUACAUUCACGAAGGGCAAGCCAAAGUAGCGGAGGAUGAACUGUUUUUCAAUUCGAACGUAUGUUGUCUGCCACUUUUCAUCGCCUCUAUGGGAUCGUUGUUUAAGCCAGGCGCUAGGUCCCACAGUCUUGACCUUUACGAAAAGAGUCGCAGAGUAUUACACGUUUAUCUGACGAGUCGAAAAAGACAAGAAGAAAAGUUGGCCGAAAGUAAGGAGUCGCGGGGAAAGCUAUGGCUCAUCCAGUCUCUUUGCUUAAGCGUUGUUUUCGCAAUGUUCGCGGAUCCUUUAGAGAGAAUCAACGCUGAGAUGGUUGUGAAGCAAGUAUCGGCGCUUUGCUCCUUGGUCAAAACGAGCUUACUAUUUACAGCAUCAACUCCUAUUUUCUUUUUCGAGUCUUCUAGCCAGUACGUUCUUUACGAGUCCACAGUUAGGACUGUUUUGAUGACGUAUAAGGUAUGUCAAUUUCUCAACGUUUUCUGCAACAUUGAUGCCCCUUUGUUCUUAAGUGAUCUUCAGAUCAGCGCAAGUGUCAUCCCUGACAGCGAAGACGUAUGGCAAGCCGCUGUGUUUCAAGAGACACCAAAGCGGUGUUAUAAACAGAAUAGUGCAAAGUUUGACAAGUUUUACAGAAGUUUCGCCUUCAGCAAUGUCGGGAUGCAUUUGAUUCCAGAGUUUCUUUGCAGUGCCAUGCUAUUUUAUGAAUUCAACAACAUAAGAAGAAACAGGUCUUCCAUCCCACUCCAAGUUUUUCUUACUAAGAUAGACACCAGGAAAUUGGAAAUGAAUCUCCCUCACUCAAAUUCACCGGUACCUAGCUCUUUGAUUUUGAUUGAAAGCGCGAUAGACAUGCGUAAUUCCCUCACCUGCAUGAUAUUUUUCUGUAAAAUCGACCCACUGUUUUCUCAAAAGGUAUGGAACAAUGCCAUUUUAGAACUUUACCACAGCUUUCUGGUUUCGAAGGAGAAAAACAUUCUCGCACAAGGAUCAUACGGCAUAGUCACUGACUUUCUUGUUGCCCUCAACUUUUCCAUCAAAAACAUUUCGAAACUUUUCAGAAGCAGAGAUGACACAAUUGAGUUCAACAAAUCCAAGUUAUCAGUACUCAACCUCGAAGGCUACUACUACAAUUUUCUUGUUGUCAUCAAGUUCAUUAUGGAUUUCGAGGUGACUCCAAACUUCAAACUUCUCUGCAUUUACAACGAGCUCAAAAAAUUAGCCAAUCAACUGCUGAUUCCAAAGCUAGCGGCCGUUUGUCCCGAAGACUUUAUCAAAUUCACAAAAGAUCCGAGAUUGUCUAUAUCCAAGGGUGCUACGUUUUCAAUCGAUAUGGAUCAUUUGGAGAAACUUAUCAACAAUGUCCUUGUUUACUCCUUUAACGACGCAAAUUUCUUGAAAAUGCCGGAGCAAGCAACAACUGAAUUCUCUUUCGGGGCUAAAGAUUCAAUUGAAUCUUCAAAUGAGGAAUCUAGACAGUUCAAGUUCACGCGCACAUCUGCCACAAGCAUGGCUGAGAGUGUAGAGUCCAAGAGUAACACAGUUGACAAUCACAAAGAGGGAUUUGCCGAGCACUAUCAUUUGUCGGAAAAGUAUGUCGUCGUGGCAAAAUGCUUCUUUUAUUACGUUUUCGAAAACUUUGCGCACGCCCACUUCCUGGAAAAGCUGUCUCUAGAUUUCUUGGUCCUUCAAAGACAGUUGGACCAAAGGGAAUUCGACACUAAAGUUCAUAAUAUUCGAUGA